AUGGCGGGAGGAGGCAGUCCUGCUAAGAGGAUAGUGGUGAACCGGAAUGGGGAUCCUUUCUCCCCAGGCCGCAGGCUGGUGGUGACCCAUCGCCGCUUCCCCACGCUGGAGACCUUCCUCUGUGAAGUCACUUCAGUGGUGCAGGCCCCGCUGGCGGUGCGAGCCCUCUAUACACCCCGCCAUGGUCACCCUGUCACCGACCUUGCGGACCUGCAGAAUGGAGGGCAGUACGUGGCUGCGGGCUUCGAGCCAUUCCGCAAGCUCCAUUACUUACCCCCUGGAGGGAAGGAGCCAGGUGGGAAGAGCAGCAGAUCACUGGCUCGGACUCAGGGUGCCUGUGAUGGGAGCAUUGGCCAGCGGGAGAAGGCAGGUGUCCCCUGCUGUAUCCGGGUGUUCAGGAAUGGGGACCUACUGAGUCCCCCAUUUAGCCUGAAGCUGUCCCGGUCUGCCUGUGAAGACUGGAAGAUGGUACUGAAGCUCUUGACAGAAAAGGCGAAGUUACAGAGUGGGGCUGUUUGCAGACUCUGUACCCUGGAGGGGCUCCCACUGUCUGCAGUGGAUGCCCUGGUGAGUGGCCGUUACUAUGUGGCUGUCGGAGAGGAGGAGUUCCAGGCCCUGCCAUAUGUGGAGCUGCUGGUGCCCGACCCCUCGAUGCCCAGGGGGUGUUGGCACGCCCCAGGCCCGAAGUCUCGGCCCUACAAGCAGGAGGCCCGUGGCUCCCGGGUGCUGGCAACCCCGCUCUCUCCAAAGGAGUACAGCGGACCUGAGCCAUCUGUUUUCUAUGCUAGACCCCAGCAGGCUGGUCAGCCAAGAAGCGAGCCCCCUAGUCUCUUACUCUCACCAGGAGUCAAUGGAGUCUAUCAUGCUCCCCACGCAAGGAGGGAGGCAGCAGGGGUCCCAGAAGUCGCAGAUGAUGAGGACACCAGGACAGAGGAACCCUUGGACCAGAGGGCAGCACAGAUCGUGCAAGAGGCCCUGUCUCUGGAAAACCAGCCUGUGGUCGAAGCAUCUUUCUCAGCCUCGGUGCCUGCUUUGCCAUCCUGAAACGGGGCACCUCUGGCCAGGACCUGGUAGGACUCUGCCACCGCCUUUGUCUU